AUGCGUUUGGAAGCAUCAAUUGAUGUGUCAAGACUUCUUUUGCAAUAUGGAUUACUUUUUCGAGGUCAUGAUGAAAGUGAAUCUUCAACUAAUCAAGGCUUCUUUCUAGGAUUCUUGCGAUGGCAUGGGGACAAACAUCCGGAUGUGGGAAAAGUGAUAUUAGAAAAUGUCCCACAAAAUGAUACUUUGACUUGUCCUAUGAUUCAAAAAGAUAUUGCCAAUGCUUGUGCAAAAGAAACAUUGAAAGCAAUAAUUGGGGACUUGAAUGGAGAUUACUUUGGUAUAUUAGUUGAUGAGUCAAAAGACAUCUCUCACAAAGAACAAAUGGCUCUUGUUUUGCGUUUUGUUAAUAAGAAUGGUGAAGUAGUUGAACGAUUUAUCGGUCUUGUCCAUGUUAGUGAUACAUCGGCAUGUUCAUUGAAGAAAGCGAUUUAUUCUUUGCUUUCCGUUCACUCACUAAGUCCAUCCAAAAUACGUGGACAAGGUUAUGAUGGGGCUAGUAAUAUGAAAGGAGAGAUAAAUGGGCUCAAAACUUUGAUUAUGAAAGAUAGUCCAUCGGCAUAUUACAUUCAUUGUUUUGCUCAUCAAUUGCAACUAACACUAGUGGCUAUUGCUAAAAAACAUUUGGAUGUUGAAGACUUUUUUGAUCAUGUUAGUAAUGUGUUGAAUGUUGUUGGAGGAUCUUUCAAGCGUAGAGACUUACUUCGUGAUCACCAAGCCAAAAAGUUAGAGCAAUUAUUUGAAUCCGGUGAAGUUCAAAAAGGCCAAGGAUUACCUCAAGAACGUGGGCUUCAAAGACCAGGUGAUACUCGUUGGGGAUCACAUUUCAAAACUUUAGAUAACUUUAUUGUUAUUUUCUCAUCUAUUGUUCAUGUUCUUGAAGUGAUUGAACUUGAAGGGUCCACAUCAAGUGAUAGAAAUCAAGCGAAGUAUCUUUUGACAAGGAUUAAAACAUUUAAAUUUAUUUUUGUGCUUCACUUGAUGUUGAAAGUGUUGGCAAUGUCAAAUGAUGAGUAA